AUGGCGUCGGUACACACAAAUUCGCUGUUGCUCGUUAUUUCCAUAUUUGGCUUGGGACUGGUGUUGUCCGUUCAGAGUGUCUACUACAUAAAGGUUCAUUUCACCUUUAUUUUCGUUGUUUUUCGCUUUUUUAAUUGGUAGAAACAAAAAUUUUGAGCUUGUAGUUUGUAGUCUAGUUUAUAUUGGCGAUCCGAGUUGCGUGGACUUUUUGAGGACAAUAUUUUAUUAUAAAAUUCUUGCUGGGUCUUUAAAGAAGCCUAGGCUAAUUUCUUAGCGUUUCAAGGUUUUUUUUCAGUUUUCAGGGGUUUUCAAGGUUUUUGAGCUCUUGAACACCUCACCAAAAGCUUUUUUUAAUCACUUUGAAAAAAACAAGUCUCGAAAAUUUUUUUGAGAACUGAGUUUUUAUUAUAGAAUCAUAAAUAUCAAGGCAUUUUUCAGUGAUUUUUUGGGGUCUUGCAAGGCUCAUGAGCUUCUAAAAAUCUCACAAAAUUUUUUCGAAGGAACUAUAUUCGAAAAAUCUGGUCUAAAAAUUUCCUUUGAAGGACAAAAGUUAUUGUAAAUCCUUGUUGGCUUUCUGAAGAGGUCUAGGCCAAAUCCAUAUGAUUUUUCACUUUAUUUUUCGUGGCACUUUCUGUUCUGUUUUUUUUUCUGAUUCUCCUGUUGUUUUUUUUUCCACGGCAAAUAAUGUUUUGUUCAACCUGUUUUGUGGAAAGUGAUUUUUUUUUUCUGAAAAUUUUUGGAAAAAAAAGAGAAGUGUGGACUAAUUUUUUCAAAAGUAUGGGUGACUCAAUUCAACUUUAAUGAAAAGAAACCCGAAAAUUGUUGUUUUUUCGUCGCCUAGGCUCACAAAAUAAACUUCAAAACAGGCAAACAAUAGUCUCCAUUGUUAAGCCGUUCUUUCGUACAACUCUUCAUUUGCGCUCCCAAAAAUAUUUGAAAGAAGAUGAUCAUUGAAAUUGAAUAAAUUUGUGGGUAUGUAUCAACAAAAAGGCGGUUUCGUGUUCUCUCUUUCCGUGGGAAAUGAAACGGAGCGACCUCUGGUGGAUCACUUUAGUUCAUAUCGCAGUUUCUGCCGUUAUUGCCGUUCAAUCGACUCAGUUUAUUCGAGUAAUCUCUCUAAAUCUUGGUCAAAAUCUCAGGAAAAAGCAUGUCUCAAAAUGAAUUUUUUUUGCCUGUUUGUUCCUAUUUUCUGAAGAGUUUUUGUUAUUUUUUGUUUUGACCAAUGGGAAGGCUACCGAUUUUUCUCUUUUGGAGAAAAAAAGUUUCUUGAAUUGGACUCGAAUCGCACUGUUUCCAUAUUUUGCCCAUCUGUUAUCAGUCGCGCAAAUAAUCGAUUGGAGAAAUCGGAACUUUUCUUUGACCUUGUUAUUUUCUCUAGUUUGUUGGAAAAAGUGCAUUGAUCUUGGUUCUUUCUAGCCUCUAUUAUGAGAAGACGAGUUUUUUUGAAUUUUGAAGAAUAAGAAUUUUUUAGGUUUGAAAAAAGGACUGUUUGAAGUUUCGAAUUUAUUUUUUUCUCUAGGUUUAUAAGGCUCCCACCACAGCGAGUUUUUAUGUGGAUGAAAUUAUUUAAUUUACUGCGAGAAACUCUAGUCGUCACUCAAGAAGUUACUCAAGGGCCAAUUGGAGAGAACACUAAAGUGGCCACUAAAGGAAACUCUAUAGAAGCCACUAUUUUCCGUCUUGGUGGCCACUAUAGUAGUUUUCAGUGGUUUCGUAGCGCCGCUUGUACUUCUAAAAAAAGCCACUAAAUUUGGCCUCUUGAGAGCCGCUAAAGCGAUUACUAUAAUAGCCACCAAAAACCAAAAUCCGAAAGGGACCAUCAAAAAAUUUCGCAGGAGAAAAAAUAAUUGCAAACUUUAUAGAAACUAUUUUUUUGCUCAAAAAAGUCAAAUUUCCUAGGUAUUCUUCGAUGAGUUCCAUUUGCCAUCGAACUACCUCAAAAUCGUUCAAAUCAUCUACCUCGUCUGGAAUGCCGUCAAUGAUCCGCUCAUGGGCUAUAUGCAGGUUUGAAUAGACCUGGAUGAAGCUUUUAGAAUGAGACGUUCAGGACAUCGGCUGUGGGAUGAAAUGGAUCAUGGACCGACGGAAAGUGGUUUUGUACGCGGGACCAGCUCUAUGCGCCUCUUUUCUGCUGUUCUGGUUCCCUUGGUCAACGACGGUCGGCUGGGUGACGGCCCUGCACUUGCUGGUCUCGUUGUGCAUCUACGACACGCUCUUCACCUUGGUCCUCUCGGCCUACUGCGGCCUUUGCGUCGAGGCCAGCGGCAAGCAUCAGGACCGCGUCAGGAUCCUCGUUUACGGCGAAGUCGCUACUAUUUUGGGUGCGCCUUUUCUUCAAAAAGUAUAUAUUAACUAUAAGAACGUAUACCUAUGAAGGAAAAAGAGUUUCUCAUAUAUUACAAUACCUUGCUUGGAAAUUCUUGAAAAAGUCGUCUUGGCGAUGAAUUUCUACCCAGAUGCAGUUUUUUUCCAUCUUAUUUGAACCUUCGCUUUUUCCUCAUAAAAUUUAUAACUUAUUAGAAAGAAAAAGAACUUUAGCAGUCUUUUGCAAAAAAAAAUCUACCAGUCCAUCUUUGUUUUUUUCAAAAACUUCUUCGGUAUUUUUGUGCAAUUGGUAAUCAGCACGGCAAGUUGCAUUUGAUAGUAAUUAAAUCGUAUAUUAAUCCCUUUUAAGGCAAGAAAAUGUUCAUUACAUCAGUACAGUUCAGUUCAUGUUCAACAGUUUUGGUCUUUUUCGACGACUGAAGAAAGUUGUGACGCCAAAAAGAACUCCGAAAAAGCCUCAAAAAUCGGAUUUUUAGGCGGUUCACUAAUCUUCCCACUGGAACGGAUCCCGCACUCGCAGGAGUACUUCUGGAUGUUCCAAUCGUGUUGCGUGGCGAUCGCCGUCAUGGCCGCCGUCCUUCUUCUUUUUUCCGGCUCAAAAAUGCGGAUAGAAAGGCCGACAAACGAGGCCUACGAGCUCGGCGACGAGCAGGAUCUCAAAGGCGACAGCUCCUCGAAGCACGCUCUUCAGGUCUCCUGGCAGAUUAUCAAGGAGCCGCGGUUCAUUUGCCUUGUCGGAGCUCAGUUCUUCCGCAUCAUGAGGUUGAGUUUAAAGGUUUCGUGUGAAAGAAAGUUGGAUUCAAGGUUCAUGGCUAACGAAAACUACCUCCUCAUCUACGUCGGCACUUUGCUCGUCGAAGGCGGAUUUUUCCAGAAUGAGACGACCUCCCUAGGUCUUUACUACGUGGCUUUGCGGUCCAGUGGAAGUGUAGGCUUUUGCAUCUUCAAGCACUAGGGAAAACUCUAGUUAAGAAGUUCCUAAAAGACUUGGAGAGGACACUAAAAUAGCCACUAAAACAACCCCUAUGUAAGCCACUGUUUUGCAUCUUAGUGGCCACUACAGUAGUUUUUAGUGGUCUAGUAGUAUCACUCAGCCCCUAAAUUAUAGCCAAUCAAGUGGUCACUGAUUCUACUACCAUAGCGGUCACUAAAAAAUCAAAACCCUGAAGUGGCCACUAAAAAAUGUCCGUGGUUCUCUUCAUCGAACCCACGGAAUGUGUCCGUGAGCUAUUGACUAUUGAAAAAAAAAAAUUUAAAACUUGUCAAAUUAAAAAAAAAAUCAGACCUUCACAAUUUUGAAGUCUUCUUGACAUGAUUUUUUUUUUCAGAUCCUAUUUUUGCUGCUAUGGAUGCCAACGAACCGAUUCGGUAGCCAAGCUGUCAUCCAAGCGCUCAACGUUGUUUCGAUAGCAAAUAUCCUGGUCGCCUUGACCUUUAGCCAGAAUAAUUUACUAUGUCUGAGCGUCUUCUUGGUCAUUGAAAAGUUUGAGGAAUUAUAAAGAAAGGAAAAAAAUAUUUUCUCUUAGUGCAAUCACUCGCUGUGGCUGGCAGGGCUUCUACUUGGUGGUCGCCGGCGAGGUUAUCGACACGGACGUCGUUCAAAAUAAUCGCAAGUGGGCACUUGAGGGAUUAUUCGAAAGAGAAAAGAACAAAAAAUGAAGUAUAGUUGAAGGGAAUUUGACACGCAUGAAGCUUUAAAAAAUCAAGGACUGGAAAAAAGUCUUUCCGAGACCUUUCCCGGAUUUCUAACCUACUGGAAAUUGUGAUGCAUCAGUAAAAAGUGGAGAAAAAUUAUGAGUAAGAAAUUUUGAAAGAUGGUCAUUUUAGAUCCUUAUAUGGCCCAUGAAGUUUAUAGAAGUGACAAGCUUCAAAAUUUCUCUUUUUUGAUGAAGAAAAGAUGAUUAUAAUUUUUGAAUAGGUUAUUUUUUUACGAGCUUUUGACUUUGACUCUCUUACUUCUCCGAAUGGGAACAACUUAGGAAAAAAAUUUUCCUACUCCAAAAAUCAUUUGUUUUUUCAGGAAGCCACUUUCAACCAUGAUCUUCACGCUGAAGGCCUUGUUCACGAAGCCUGCCGAACAACUGGCGCCAGUUAUCGUUCUUCAAGCUUUUCUCGAGAACGGCGGCUUCCCGAAAUUGAGUGUUCCAUGCCAGGAUUACCUGUCCGGCUCAGGAGCUGGGAAUCUGACGAGUUUAGCCAUGGAGUCUAGCUUGAACUUGACCGCAAUUGGAUCCACAACAGAUCCACUGUGAGUUUGCUGGAUCAAUCUGUUUGGAAAAAUCGUCAAACUUCCACAAGAGCUCUACAUAUAUGUUUUUAUAUCAAUAUUCAUUCAUGCGUUUUUUUAGACUUUUAGUUGAGUUUUAUUGAAGAACAUUAUUAACUCGAAGGCAAUGAAAAGUUAUUUUUGCUGAAAGUUAGGCUACUUGACAAUAUAUCUAGCUGGAUCUAUCAGUCAAACAAUCAUUUUUCAAUCUUGAAGUUAUCGAUGGCGCUGAGCAAUACAUUUUUGAGCAGCUCCGAAACACCGCCUUUGGCGAACUAGAAGUCCAAACUUCUAGUCGAAAUAGCCUCCAAAUGAGAAUGAUCAUAGAAAAAUGACGACUUUACACGGAGCUGUAUUUUUUUUCGAUAAUAUUUUCCAAUGCUUCACCUAUUAUUACUAGCCUCUGAGAAUCAGAUUCCCCUUUGACCUCUUCAGAAAAUAAAUCGCAACCUAUUUCCAGGAGCGUCGCCUGUGCGAGCCUGCGAACGUGGACCUUCACGGCAGUAGUCGCUUUUCCGGCGAUUUGCGUCGCCGGCGAAUCGUUAUUCGUCGCGAUCGACCAAUUAGUCCGGCGGCGGAUCAACUCGGUCGCCACCAGCGAUUGA